CGCCAGAUAGGUAUUGGCCAUAAACUCGUUCGGCGCUGUGGAAAACAGUACGCGGAGGUACAUCUGAUACUUCUUCUACUGUACAGAUCUUCCGUAGAACGCUGCAAUCAUGAAGAAAAUGCAGGGAAUGAGUUUCAGCAGUGUGAUGAAGAACCCGGCACUGCUGCCACUGUACUUUUGCAUAGGUCUAGGAGGCUGUGGCGCGUUUCUGUACACGUUACGCCUGGCGACACGUAAUCCCGAUGUUUCCUGGCUGAACAAAAAGGAAGCUGAGCCAUGGAAUACAUACAAAGAUAAACAUUACAAGUUCUAUGCGACAAAAGAUGAAUACACGAAAGUUAAGAGCCCGGCGCCUGAAUAUUGAACUGCGCUGUAUAAAUUAGUAUUUGUUAUAGGAAUAAAUUGUUAUAUAAAUCACUACCUCUAAGUAUUUUUGUCUCUAAAUCAUGCUUUUGUUCUUGCAACCAAAUGACAGGAACACAACAAUUCAAUAGUACUCUUGGAAGAAGUCUGAUAUUGAAUGUGUAUAUUAUGUAAUGUAAUCUUGGCAAAAAGAAUAAAGGAUUAUCUGUUUAUCUUAUAAA